CCCCAAAGCUCGUCUUCCCCUGCAAGCCCUAACAGCGAUCAAUAUCGUCACUCCUGCAGGACCUCCAUCAGUUGCGCCUUCCCCCUCUGCGACCGGGCGCUGCGUUUUCCGCCUUCUUGGAUUCACCUUGCCGGAUCGCCCCUUCGCGGUUUGGACUCGCCGUGUGUCAGGUAUGGAGCAGUGGAGACUGCAAAUUGAAGAAUGGGUUCGUCUGCAACCUGUAGAGCAAUUUUAUGUUGCUGUUGCAGUUCUAGUAUUUACCCUUGCUUUCUUCGGUUUGUUUCGUAUACUGAGACGUACAAAGUCCAAUACCAUAGUGCUUGCAGGAUUAAGUGGUAGUGGGAAAACUGUUCUGUUUUAUCAGCUUCGUGAUGGCUCUCCCCAUCUAGGAACUGUCACUUCAAUGGAACCAAAUGAUGGUACCUUUGUGCUGCAUUCUGAGCUGGAAAAGAAGGGAAAACUAAAUCCAGUUCGUUUGGUUGAUGUUCCUGGGCAUUCAAGGCUAAGACCAAAGCUUGAUGAGUUCUUGCUUUAUGCAGCUGGUGUCAUUUUUGCUGUGGAUAGCUUAGACUUCUUACCAAACUGCAGAGCUGCUGCUGAGUACUUGUAUGACAUACUGACAAAGUCAACUGUGGUGAAGCAGAGAAUUCCUAUUUUGAUACUGUGCAACAAAGCAGAUAAAGUGACGGCACAUUCUAAGGAAUUCAUUAAGAAACAGUUGGAGAAGGAAAUUGACAAGCUUCGUGCAUCAAGAAGUGCAAUUUCAGCUGCUGAUUUAACCAGUGAAUAUACGCUUGGGGUGCCUGGAGAAGCGUUCCAUUUUUCUCAUUGCCGAAACAAGGUAACCGUGGCUGAGGCAUCAGGGUUGACUGGAGAAAUAUCACAAGUCGAGCAAUUCAUAAGAGAGCUAGUGAAGCCUUAGACCUUUGUUUCCUUCAAAUUGCAAUGGAAACUCAAGUUCUAUAAUCGUCGUCUGUCUCGAUCGCCAUAUUUAUGGCUACUUCAAAUGGAUCGAUUCAAGUUUUUGAUGGAGACAGUUGUGCUUGCACCAGUUGCUCGAACUUUCUUUGCAAUCAUUGUUUGGUGUGCGAAUCUUUUAAGUUCAUUGGAGAAAAAGACAUUGCAAUUGCUUGAUUCAGCGAUAACAACAUUCUCAGCUAUUUCUUGCUUUGUGCUAAAUUUAAGAGAGAAAAAGGAAAAUAAUUGCAAAGAUAUAAUUAUAUAUGAUAAUAAUUAUUAUAAACAA